GGUCACACUGCUCCUCUUGCUCUUCCGCCCGCAACUAAAACCACAAUCUAUGGAUUCGCGUUAAAUGUUAAGGAAAUAAAGACACCGAACUAAUUAAUAAGCCAAAUAUAAGUGUACAGUGCGCGCAAUGCCGUUAGUGACCAGUUGGCAGUGAUAAUUAAGAUCGGGAGGGAUAACUUAGAUCGCCAAUAACCAAUUCGGGAAUCGCGUCUGUCGAGGGACGCUGCUGCAACCAGAAAAAGGAGUGGUAGCUUAGCUGCCCGUCUGUACUGUGGAUAAAACAAACUCAGAUACUGGUGGCCCCAAAGGAACGUCCAUAUAUCCAUAUAAAUAUACUUUAAGUCCGCUCCUGGCGAGCCCCCCAGAAAUUGGCUGAAUCGGGCCAAAAAGAGAACCACAUGAGGUGAACGAAAGAAAAUUGGCUGUGCGCCAAUCACACACUCACACGGAUCAACUGUUACAGUAGCAACACCACCCCCACAGGAGCAACAACAGCAGCAAUUUCAUGCCACGCUCAGCGAAAGCAGUCGACAGCAGCAACAACAGCAAUAUGUAGGCGCUCCACAGCAACACAUGAAAUACAACCAAGAACAGCAGCAACAACAACUACAACAACAACCCCCAACAACAAACCAAUAAUUCCCAAUACAACACAACAACAUUAUUAAGAUAUAGAAUUCAGGGAACAAGCAACGCCACAACGAUCGCCCGGAUCUGGACACAAGAAUGCAGCACGUGAGCGCUGCUAGCUCGGUGCCAUCGGUUGUAGCCCCUGUAGUGACCACUGGUGGGACGACGAUCACCUUGGGCGGCCCACCGCACCUCCCCAAAUCGGAACACAAAGAGGAUGGCAAGCCACCGCACGGCAUUGAAAUGUACAAGGUGAACAUCGAGGACAUUUCGCAGCUCUUCACCUACCACGAGGUCUUUGGCAAGAUCCACGGCGAUGUGGUCAACCAUCAGUUGGCGGCGGCCCACGGAGGUCAGCUGCCACCACCUCCGCCGCUGCCGCCGCAGGUCACCAGUCAUGCGGCGAGUGCGGCGGCAGCCGCAGCAGCAGCGUCCACCAACAACGCCGCCGUGGCAGCGGUAAUGGCCUCAGCGAAUGCGGCAGCGGCCGCGGCGGCAGCCGCCUCGGCGGCGGGCGUGGGAGGACUACCGCCGGCCACUAGCGGCAAUGGGGGCCAGCAGGUGACGGUGACGACGACCAGCAGCUCGACGAGCAGCGGCGGGAGCACCACCAGUGGGGGCACCACGACCACGGCGGGUGAGUUGCUUUUGCCUAAAAUGGAGGGCGGCAUUCAUGGCGUGGACGGCAGCGGCAAUGGCGGCGGCGGGCAGAACGUGGCGCUGGCGCCGGACGGGACGCCCAUUGCGACGGGGACGCACGUCUGCGACAUCUGCGGCAAGAUGUUCCAGUUCCGGUACCAGCUGAUCGUGCACAGGCGCUACCACAGCGAACGGAAGCCGUUCAUGUGCCAGGUGUGCGGCCAGGGGUUCACCACGUCGCAGGAUCUGACGCGCCAUGGCAAGAUCCACAUUGGCGGGCCCAUGUUCACCUGCAUCGUGUGCUUCAAUGUGUUCGCGAACAAUACGAGCCUGGAGCGGCACAUGAAACGGCACUCGACGGACAAACCGUUCGCCUGCACCAUUUGCCAAAAGACCUUUGCCCGCAAAGAGCAUCUGGACAAUCACUUCCGCUCGCACACGGGCGAAACGCCCUUCCGUUGCCAGUACUGCGCCAAGACGUUCACGCGCAAGGAGCACAUGGUCAACCAUGUGCGCAAACACACGGGUGAGACGCCACAUCGUUGCGAUAUUUGUAAGAAGUCCUUUACGCGCAAGGAACACUAUGUUAACCACUACAUGUGGCACACUGGUCAAACGCCGCACCAGUGCGAUGUCUGCGGCAAGAAAUACACGCGCAAGGAGCACCUAGCCAACCAUAUGCGCUCCCACACCAACGAGACGCCGUUCCGUUGCGAGAUCUGCGGCAAGAGCUUUAGCCGCAAGGAGCACUUCACCAAUCACAUACUCUGGCAUACAGGCGAGACGCCGCACCGGUGCGACUUCUGCUCCAAGACGUUUACGCGCAAGGAGCACUUGCUAAACCACGUGCGCCAGCACACGGGAGAGUCGCCACACCGCUGCUCCUACUGCAUGAAGACGUUCACGCGCAAGGAGCACCUGGUCAACCACAUACGCCAGCACACGGGUGAGACACCGUUCAAGUGCACGUACUGCACGAAAGCGUUCACGCGCAAAGAUCACAUGGUUAAUCAUGUACGGCAACAUACAGGCGAGUCGCCGCACAAGUGCACGUACUGCACUAAGACGUUCACGCGCAAGGAGCACCUGACGAACCAUGUGCGCCAGCACACGGGCGACUCCCCGCACCGCUGCUCCUAUUGCAAGAAGACGUUUACGCGGAAGGAGCACCUGACGAACCAUGUGCGCCUCCACACGGGCGACUCGCCCCACAAGUGCGAGUACUGCCAGAAGACGUUUACGCGGAAGGAGCACCUCAACAACCACAUGCGCCAGCACUCGAGCGACAAUCCGCACUGCUGCAACGUCUGCAACAAGCCGUUCACGCGCAAGGAGCACCUGAUCAACCACAUGUCGCGGUGCCACACCGGCGACCGGCCCUUUACCUGCGAGACGUGCGGCAAGUCGUUCCCGCUCAAGGGCAACCUGCUCUUCCACCAGCGCAGCCACACCAAGGGCCAGGAGAUGGAGCGGCCCUUCGCCUGCGAGAAGUGCCCCAAGAACUUUAUCUGCAAAGGUCACUUGGUCUCGCACAUGCGCUCCCAUUCGGGCGAGAAACCGCACGCGUGCACUCUGUGCAGCAAGGCGUUCGUCGAGCGCGGCAAUUUGAAGCGCCACAUGAAGAUGAAUCACCCGGAUGCUAUGAUGCCGCCACCACCCGUGCAUCCGCAUCCGCAAAUACCGGCUGGUGUGCUGACGCAAGUCAAGCAGGAAGUGAAACCGAUCAUAAUUCCCCACCACUCGGCGACCACCACGAUGCACACCAUCCAGCAGAUCACGGCGGGAGCGGCGGGUGGAGCCGGUGCAGUGCAGUUAACACCGGGCCUGGUGCCCCUGGUGACCUCCACCCUCAUCUCGCAUAACGCGGCUGCCCAGCAGCAGUCGCAGAAGCAGCAAGCAGCGGCCGCAGCAGCUGCGCAGCAACAGGCCGCGGCAGCAGCUGCCGCCCAGCAGCAGGCAGCCCAGCAACAAGCGGCGGCCGCCCACCAGCAACACCAGCAGCAAGUGGCCGCCCAGCAUCAGCAGCAGGCUGCGGUGGCCGCCCAUCAGCAGCAGCAACAGCAGUUACAGCAGCAGCAGCAACUGCUGCAGUUGUCCAUCCAGCAGGCGGCGCACCAUCAUCAACAGGAGCAGCACCGCCAGCAACAGCAGCAGCAACAACACCAGCAGCAGCAACAGCAGCAGCAUCACCAACAGCAACAGCAGGGUCAUCCCCAGGCCCCGCCUCCGCAGCAGCAACAACAGCCGCCGCCCAUCGCCCUGAUCGGCGAUCCAAGUGCUCUGGCACGCGCCGCCAUUCAGCUGCAGCAUCUGCCUGCGAACGUGGAACAGCACCCGGUUGUUUACUAACAGUAGCCCCUCCUGCACGGCUACACUCCCACCACAGCCCACUCCAGCAGCACGACCAGCACAUCGAUAGCCGCCACAGCGGCCACCGCGUCAACGCAAGCGGCGUGGUGAGGCCAACGUGCCACCAGUGAGCUAGUGAGCUGAGCUAGUGAGCCGAGCUGACCCGACAUCUCUAUAUAGGACACACACCAUAACAAGCACACCCCAUAUAUGCAGCUAGUUGUAUGUACAAUAGUUUUAGCAGCGCGCUGGUUACGCUGAUCUGUGGCUCCAGACAAAAAGUAUGCAAAGGUUCUAGGGUGUGUCGAUUUUUAUAGGCAAAUGGGGGAGAUUCCAACAUUUUUUAUGUCGGUAAUUAAAAGUGCAAAUAUAGGUUUUUGAGCAGUUAAAAAAAUAUAUAGUCUUGGGUGCCGUGGAAAUGCCUUAACAUUUUAAAUUAGAAAACUAAGUGAUGUGAAUAUUUCAUUUUUGAAAAUGAGAACUUUUCUAAUUUACAAAUUUUUUAGAAACUUCUGUUGGCACCCUUGUACUUUUAUUUAAUAUAUAUAUAUUUAUCCUUUAUAGGAUAUUUCCUAGAGUAAAUUCAGUACAAUUUUAACUAACUUCUGCGAAUUCUAAUCAUUUUUGUUUCCCUAAAAAUCGAGACACCCUAGAAAUCCAAAUACAGAUUUGGCUCUGUAUUCCCAGGUGCAAUACCGGCUGGUCAAGGAGCUAUCUUCGUAAUUUCCCAAUCGCAAGAAAGCAAAUUCAACACUCCUCUACUAGUCUGCCGCCGCCAGCUUUAACGUGCAAUACGAAUCAUCUCAUAGUUUGUUCUCUCUCUUUGUGUAUCUUUAAUGCUUAGGCGCAUAGCGUCUAAUUUUAUUCACGUAUUUUCUACAUUUCUGAAAUGUGUGCCAGGCGGCGCGUGAUUUUGGACUGGUCGAUCGAUAGGUUUUUAAGGUAUCUGAUUGCCACUAAGCUGCGCUCAGUGCUCUAAUUGGUCCCGAAGACUAUUCGACCUGCCCACUCUUCUCGCUAGACACUUCAAAGAAGGGGUUUUUUUGGCCGUAACCAGCGAAAGCGCAUCAUAUUGUAUUUUUUAUUGUGUUUCGACUAAGUUAUGAUUAUAUCCAUACGGAGCGACAUUCAUAGAAAGCAUCCUCAUCAUACAUUAACAUAUGCAGCUAUGCAUAGGCAUACAAUUAUAAUAUAUACUUUAUAGUUUGUAAAUAACACGCAACAAGACCCUUGGAAAUCCAUCGAAAAUUAUCACAACUGUAUUAUUUUUUGCAUUUUCCAAGGAGGAUCAUUGAUAAUGAGCAAGAACACGCGUUCACUUUCACAUAUAUUGGCCAAGUGUAGUCCUUAACCCAGUUUACAAUGUCAAGCCCCUUAUGUGGGGCUGUGAUGAUUAUGAGAUAUAUAUUAUUAUAUGACAGCGGAUAAAAAAAGCAGCAUAACAGCAGCCACAACUAACGAGAUAAUGAAAAGGGAUUAAACAAAAAUUAUUAUAUUUAAUGUUAGUUGAACUACUAAAAGUAAUAAUUGAGAACAUGGAUCGCAAGAAUGGAGAUAAGAGGAGCCGCAAAUCGGCUGGCGAGUAGUUUUUAGUUGGGCGUCGCCCAAUCAUUAUGAUUACAAUUACAAUUACGAUUAUGAUAUAUGAAUACUAAACCUAUAACAACAAGUUAUUACCCCACUAUUAAAGUUAACAAACAACAACAACAACAACAACCCAUAUAUAUAUAUAUAUAUAUAUAUAUACGACUAGGCACAACUCUAAAAUUAAUUAUAACCCUUAACUGUGCUUAUGUUGAAAACAACAAACAUUAAGAACAAGUUAAAGCCGUAACGAAAUAAAAGAAAGAGUAACAAUUAACGAGAACGCCCCAAGCGCCACAAGCAACAACAUAUCUGCUUUAAAUUUUACAAAAAAUAAAACUAAAAAUCUAAAAAAAAUACCAACAUAUUAAACACGAGUCAUCGUUUAAUAAUUUAAUGAGGAAAAACAUUACACAAACAGACAUCCUGACAGACACACACCCACACAUUAUGCUUCCUUUUAAAUGCAACAUUUUAUACAUUUAAUUGUCAAGAAUUAAAUGAUUAAAAUACAAUUUAAAUAUAAUUUAACAAACUGUAAUUGUACACGAAUAAACGGAAAAUGUAAAACUGUUUGUUUGACCAUUUGAA